GAGGUAACCCAGCGCUUUCUUUCCGGCAGAGAGCGUACAAAACUCCGAUCACUUGAACGCAACAUUAGCUCGCGGCUAGCGAGUAUGCUCACUGGAAUUGUCGCUGAUUUUAUUGCACUGUGUGUUGUACCCACGUCGCUGUUAUGAUGUCAAAACAACCAGGUGGAAACCCGAAACAACAGACUCUCUUUUCAUUUGAGCUUUUGGUGGAAUAUAUUUGUAUUGACUGUGAAAAGAAAAUCUCUGACGAGCUUGCUGUUGGAAUACGACUGUUGGACUUCCCAACGCUGCUGAUUUAUCCCCCUGAACUGAGAAGAGAUGAUACACUUCAGCACCAACAGCACGACAAUAACAAGCGAUUGGUAUAUUCGUUUAACAGAGGCAAGUCGUGUUUCUUCGAAAUGAAUCUAGACUCCCUGCAUACGCAACUCACCAACACACCUGUCUAUGUUAUGAUUCUCGACUUGAAAGACGAGAUACCGAAAUUAUUAGGGACGUCCCUCAUCUCGUUGGCUUCUAUCAUGGACAGAAUCAGACGUGACUCCAUGGAACACGAUGUUACUAGUUGCUCAUCAUAUGGAGAGCGGGGCUUUGUGCGUGUAAACAACCUUGCAGAGGAGCCGGUUGGAGUUAUUUCUCUGAGUUAUAAACUGCUAACUGUGGGAGUCAGCCUACCGCUGCGUGUGACGAAAACUAUCCCGAUUUCCAGAGAACAGUGUCCUCAAGAAGGCAUCAUAAAGAAGAGAGCAAAUAAAAUAAACAAUUCUGACUGUAUGAGAUUACAGUUGCCCACGCAGGACAGUUCUGAUGAUGGUGGGGAUGAUAUGGAUAAACAUGCUGCAUCCACUCAGACUGAACGUGUCCCAAUAAGUCACAUUCCUCACACAGUCCAAGAACAGAAGAGUUUUGAGGAGGACCUAACUGUGUUUUGUCCCCCAUGUCUUUACUAUUGCAAUUCUGGCAAGGAAAAACAUAGCACCCAAGAAAAUGAGUACAGAUUAGUUGAACCUGACUCAACAGUUCUAACGCAAAAAGACACAUUCUCUGAAAAUGAAAAUUCCUCAGAGAUGGACCUGGUAUUGCAAAAUACACCCAAAACAUCAGAAAAUGUGGCUCCAAAAGUACUUGAGGAAGCUCUGAGACCGCUGCCCCUCCUUAAUGCUCUUUUUGUUGAACUGUCGCAGUUAAAUGUCCAUAACCUGCACCAGCAGUCUGUGUUGAAUCAUCCAGACUUGGAUUGGAUUUAUAAAAGAGAUUCUCUUGGGGCUUCAGAUGGACAAGGGAUCACACCAAAAACAAGGCCAGUGCAAGAAAGCAAGGUGGACCACAGUCUUCAUUCAAAGCAUUUACAUGCUGAACCUAAAGGACCAAUGCAAAAGAAGCAAAGUGAGAACUUAUUUGAGAGUAAAGAACACAGGAAAAAGCUAGUGUACAAAACUACAAAAACGUACAAUUUAAGGCGGCAGAAAAACUGCACAGUGGUGAAGCAUCGGGACUGUAUGGCAUCACACACAGCCAAUGAAACACAGUCAAGUACAAGUAAAGGGAAGAAAUCAGCUAAGCGUAAAGAUUUUAUUCCCAAAGAAAAUAUGAAAAAGACACAAAACAUGCAAGUUGUCACUGCAGUGGAGGGUACAACAAAGGUAAAACAUGAUGAUAGAUCGAAGUUGGAAAAUCCGAAGCAAGACAGAAAAACUGCAUCCAUCUCCCCCCCUCGUGUCAAUGAUGAUGAUGAUGAUGAUGAUGCCACAAUCAAAAAGCUUCCCGAAAUGAUCCUGACAUGGACUAAAUCAAAGAGCCAAGAUGUUAAACUGGACUCUUGUAAAAGUAGUAGACCUAGUAGCCGCAGGUCUUUACUGUCAGACACCGACAAAGAAGAGGACUACGCAGAUGACUUUAACAGUUUUGAGGCCAGUGAUGCAGACACAACCACUAGUCCCAAACCUGCCCAAUCCAAGCCUCCUUUUCCCCAUGGAUUCCACACUUCAGAUUUGGACUCUGAACCCUUUAAGGAGAGACCCCUCCUCCCCUCACCAAUUAGAGGUCACAGCCCCGUACAGCGGGUAUUGAGGGGCACACACCUCAUCCAGCCUCGAACACGAGACUCUGCACUCAGCUGCUCUUCUGAUGAGGAUGGAGCGGCCUCUGUGCAAAUGCGAUGUUCCAAGAAACAGGCAAAUGAUGACAGUUCUGAAGCUACGUCAGCAAGGGGCCAAAAAAGUGAGAACAGCAGCCUCGUUUGGCGAGGUUCUUCAGAUUCUAUACGCUCUGACCCACUGGAGGCUGAGGAACUGGAAGACGACCUUGGAUCUCUGGACUUCAGAAAAGAGUAUCAACAUAUAUCUGAGCUUGUGGGCUUCAAACUUCCUGGCUACACACUGUAAACACAAUGUCUCUACUACAUAUAUGGACACAGGGCUAAUGGUCUUCUAGGAUUGCACAUAGUAUUGAUUACACAUAAUGUGUACAUUUGUAUUUGAAAUAAAGACAAUAUA